AUGGAAUCCGAGGUUCGGCAGGACGUCGAGGGGAAGGUUCGGAAAGAGCUUGAAACGGAGGUUCGGGAGAAGUUGAAGGCAGAGGUUCGGGAGGAGCUAGGAGCAGAAGCUGGGAGAAAUGCUGUGGAGGUCUUAAAGCCCAGCAGUCAAGGAUCGGUGGGAUCGGUAGAUGUGGGAACUCAAGUGAUAUCUGUGAGCGAGGAGGCUCGGAAAGAGAUUGAAGCAGCCGCUGUAGCUCGGAUGCGACAGGAAAUGGAAGAAGAGAUUCGGAAGGAGCUUCGGAACGAGUUUGAGAAGCAGAUUUGGGAAGAGGUGACUGAGAAGGUUCGGGAGGAGGUGCGGAAGGAGGUAGAAUUGGAGUUGAAAAAGUCUAAGGGCGAUUCUGAGGGUGCUUCGAUUGCUGCUGCUGCUGGUGGAGCUGGUGGUGGAGUUACGGUUGAGAGUGGUGGAGAGGGUGUAGGGGACAAUGAGAGAACGGAGGUGGAGGGUAAAGGUGAAGAUGUGGGAGGUGGAGGAGAAAGAGAAGGAGCAGGAGCAGGGGCAGGAGAAGGGGCAGGAGCAGGGAUCGGAGAAGGGGUGGGAGCAGGGGCAGGAGCAGGGGGGGGAGAAUUGGCGGGAGCAGGGGGAGGAGAGGCAAGUGAAGCAGUGGGGCAGUCUACUGAAGAGCUUGCACGAUUGAAGGAGGACGCGGAGAAAGCAGAGGAGGAGCGGGGUCAGCUGCAGCAGCAGUUGGAGAAGCUACAGGUGUCGCUGGCUAAGAAGGAGAAGGCACGGCUGAGACUGCUGUCUGAGGUGGAUUCCCAGUCGCUGCAGAUAGAAAGACUAUUCGCGGAGAAUUCAGGGCUGGCAGCGGGGCUCAAGGAGGUCUCUGCCAUUGCCGCCCGCUGGGAGGCUCAGGUGCGCGCAUGGCAGAAGCUGCAGAGCGAGCAGCAGCAGGAGCAGAUGGACAGCGGCAAAGGGGCAGCAACAGCAGCAGGUGCAGCAGCAGGAGCAGGAGCAGCAGCAGGAGCAGGAGCAGCAGCAGGAGCAGCCUCAUCAGCAGAAAAGGCAGGAGCAACAGGGGAGUUAUCAGGAGAAGAGAAAGGAGGGGUGGGAGGAACAGGAGCAGCAGCAGGAGGAGUAAGAGCAUCAGGGGCGGUGGGUCCGGGGUUAGGAGACACGGACACAGAGGCAGACACGGAUGAUCAAGAGCUGCCAGUCUCCACCUCCCCCAGACAGCACCUGGAGCUGCCACCAGUAAACACCUCCCCCAGGCAACUUCUGGAAGUGCCACCGUUUUCUGGUGCUGGGACCUCAGCAAGUGGGGAAGAGAAUGGGGAGGUGGUGGUGGGUCUGCAGGGGGAUGGCGUGAAGAUGGAGGGGUCAGGAGCGGUGGAAGGUGGUGGAGAGGAAAGGGCAGGGAAGGAGGAUGGGGAGAAGGAGGAGGUCGGGGAUGGGGCUAGAGGUGGGGAGGAUGGGGGAGUGGGACAGAGGAGGGGAGUGGGUGUGGAGGUGAUUGGAGGGAAGUCUAUGGAAGUUCUGGAGGAAGAGAACAGGAAGCUUAAGUGGAGAUUGGUAAUUACCUUGAUACCAUCUUUGUACCAUAAUGAUACCACUAUGGUCUCACGCUUUUCCUUCCAUCCCUUGCUCUUCUCACGCUUUUCCUUCCAUCCUUUGCUCUUCUCACGCUUUUCCUUCCAUCCCUUGCUCUUCUCACGCUUUUCCUUCCAUCCCUUGCUCUUCUCACGCUUUUCCUUCCAUCCCUUGCUCUUCUCACGCUUUUCCUUCCAUCCCUUGCUCUUCUCACGCUUUUCCUUCCAUCCCUUGCUCUUCUCACGCUUUUCCUUCCAUCCCUUGCUCUUCUCACGCUUUUCCUUCCAUCCCUUGCUCUUCUCACGCUUUUCCUUCCAUCCUUUGCUCUUCUCACGCUUUUCCUUCCAUCCCUUGCUCUUCUCACGCUUUUCCUUCCAUCCCUUGCUCUUCUCACGCUUUUCCUUCCAUCCCUUGCUCUUCUCACGCUUUUCCUUCCAUCCCUUGCUCUUCUCACGCUUUUCCUUCCAUCCCUUGCUCUUCUCACGCUUUUCCUUCCAUCCCUUGCUCUUCUCACGCUUUUCCUUCCAUCCCUUGCUCUUCUCACGCUUUUCCUUCCAUCCCUUGCUCUUCUCACGCUUUUCCUUCCAUCCUUUGCUCUUCUCACGCUUUUCCUUCCAUCCCUUGCUCUUCUCACGCUUUUCCUUCCAUCCCUUGCUCUUCUCACGCUUUUCCUUCCAUCCCUUGCUCUUCUCACGCUUUUCCUUCCAUCCCUUGCUCUUCUCACGCUUUUCCUUCCAUCCCUUGCUCUUCUCACGCUUUUCCUUCUAUCCCUUGCUCUUCUCACGCUUUUCCUUCCAUCCCUUGCGCUUCUCACGCUUUUCCUUCCAUCCCUUGCUCUUCUCACGCUUUUCCUUCCAUCCUUUGCUCUUCUCACGCUUUUCCUUCCAUCCCUUGCUCUUCUCACGCUUUUCCUUCCAUCCCUUGCUCUUCUCACGCUUUUCCUUCCAUCCCUUGCUCUUCUCACGCUUUUCCUUCCAUCCCUUGCUCUUCUCACGCUUUUCCUUCCAUCCCUUGCUCUUCUCACGCUUUUCCUUCCAUCCCUUGCUCUUCUCACGCUUUUCCUUCCAUCCCUUGCUCUUCUCACGCUUUUCCUUCCAUCCCUUGCUCUUCUCACGCUUUUCCUUCCAUCCCUUGCUCUUCUCACGCUUUUCCUUCUAUCCCUUGCUCUUCUCACGCUUUUCCUUCCAUCCCUUGCGCUUCUCACGCUUUUCCUUCCAUCCCUUGCUCUUCUCACGCUUUUCCUUCCAUCCUUUGCUCUUCUCACGCUUUUCCUUCCAUCCCUUGCUCUUCUCACGCUUUUCCUUCCAUCCCUUGCUCUUCUCACGCUUUUCCUUCCAUCCCUUGCUCUUCUCACGCUUUUCCUUCCAUCCCUUGCUCUUCUCACGCUUUUCCUUCCAUCCCUUGCUCUUCUCACGCUUUUCCUUCCAUCCCUUGCUACCCUUUUCCACCCUCACAGCCACCUAUCUCUGCUCCUGUCUACCCGACGAACUCACCGCCGCCCAGCACCGCAUCCGCCGGCUGUCAGUGCAGGCACUGCGCUCCGAUGCCAGUUGCACCACGGCGGUGCAGAGGCUGUCCCAGACCAAGCGGAUGUGA